ACAGUGCGCGCUACAACAGUGUCUAUCGUAACAAUCAAACACAGAACAGUGCGCGCUACAACAGUGUCUAUCGUAACAAUCAAACACAGAACAGUGCGCGCUACAACAGUGUCUAUCGUAACAAUCAAACACAGAACAGUGUGCGCUACAACAGUGUCUAUCAUAACAAUCAAACACAGAACAGAGUGCGCUACAACAGUGUCUAUCGUAACAAUCAAAAACAAAACAGUGUGCUUUACAACAGUGUCUAUUGUAACAAUCAAACACAAAACAGUGCGCGCUACAACAGUGUCUAUCGUAACAAUCAAACACAGAACAGUGCGCGCUACAACAGUGUCUAUCAUAACAAUCAAAACACAGACCAGUGCGCGCUACAACAGUGUCUAUCGUAACAAUCAAACACAGAACAGUGCGCGCUACAACAGUGUCUAUCAUAACAAUCAAAACACAGACCAGUGCGCGCUACAACAGUGUCUAUCAUAACAAUCUAACACAGGACAGUGCCCUCUAUGACAGUGUCUAUCCUAACAAUCAAACACAGGACAGUGUCCGCUAUGACCAGUUCUAUGGUACGAAUGAAACACAGGACAGUGCACGUUAUGAAAAGGUCUAUCGUAGGAAUCAAACACAGAAAAGUACUCGCCUUGAGAAGGUCUGUUAUAAUAAUGAGGCAGAGAAAAAAGCGCUAUCAUAAGGUUUGUCGUAAGAAUCAAGCACAAAACGGUGCCCUCUAUGGCAGUGUCUAUCUUAACAGUCAAACACAGGACAGUCUCCGCUAUGACCAGUUAUAUUGUAACAAUUAA